GUCAGUCCCGUCUUCAGCUGCGGACCGACCGGCUGCAGCGCCUGGCUCUUCGCCUUUUGUUAGCUAGCUUGGAAAGCACCAAGAAAAAAAGACAGAGCCGCAUCCAUGCAAUAGCACACUGUUUUUGGAAAAUGAUCAUCUGUACGAAUAAAAUGGAGUACCCCCUAAGAACCCAACGCCAGCGAGUCCAGAAACAGGUGAUGGUGAAUGGUGAGAGGGAGCGAGUGUCACUGCUGUUCACGAAGGCUCUGGUCAGCAGGGGGAGUGUGGACGCCGUGUCCCAGCAGAUGGCCUCUCACCCUCAGUACUUGGAGAGCUUCCUGCGCACACAGCACUACAUCCUGCACAUGGACGGUCCCCUGCCGCUGCCCUACCGCCAUUAUAUCGCCAUCAUGGCUGCUGCACGACAUCACUGCAACUACCUGGUGUAUCUACACUCCGCCCAGUUUCUGAGGGUGGGUGGGGACCCUCUGUGGUUGCAGGGUUUGGAGGCAGCACCCCCCCGCCUUCGCCUCCUUGACCACAUCAACAAGGUGCUGGCCCACCAACCCUGGCUCACCGCCUGCUCACACAUCCAGUCUCUGCUGAAGUCGGGCGAGCAGUGCUGGUCACUGGCUGAGCUGGUGCAGGCCGUGGUGAUCCUGGCUCACUGCCACUCCCUCUGCAGCUUUGUGUUUGGAUCCGACACAGACUCAGACUUUGCCCCCCUCUCCAAAUCUCCUAACGGUACCCCGCCGACCUUCUGCCCCUUUGAUGCUGCCAACGGCAACACCAACGUGCCUCAGUCGCUCGCCGCUCCCUCUGAGCACAUAACACGACGACGGUCUCUGGACUCAAGUUGUGACAUGGUGUGUCUGAAGGAGAGGAUUCAGAAGUCUCAGGAGGAGCGAGAGAAGAGAGAAGAGCGCCUGCUGCAGACCCAAACACUCCAACAAACAGAUAUGGAAGAAGAGGAGGAGAUGAUAUGUUUUUCUGACCCGUCGCGUUUUAUCACAGACCCUGACUUUUGCUAUCAGGAGUUCGCCCGGAGGGAGGAGGACCACUUCCAAGUAUUUAGAGUUCAGGACUAUUCAUGGGAGGACCACGGCUUCUCCUUAGUCAACAGAUUGUAUUCGGACAUCGGGCACCUGCUCGAUGACCGAUUUCGGAGUGUGACCACCCUCCCGUCAUUGCACAGCCCCGACCUGAAGAGGGCCAUCUGGAAUUACAUCCAUUGUGUGUUAGGAAUACGGUAUGAUGAUUAUGAUUAUGGAGAAGUGAACCAGUUGCUGGAGCGGGAUUUGAAGCUGUACAUUAAGGCGGUGACCUGUUUUCCGGAUGCCACCAAAACUCCAGUGUGUCCUUUGAGUUGGGCUCUACUUAAACCUUCAGAACGGAUACACGUGAACUUACUAAUCAUGGAGGCCCGGCUGCAGGCGGAGCUUCUCUACGCCCUGAGAGCCAUCACUCAGUACAUGAUUGCCUAAAGUGCUCGGAGAGGCACGAAGUUGAAACUCUCCGCCGGUACAGAGAGACGCGAGGACGGACAUCUUAGCAGCUGACAGCCAUGUGGGACGAGAGCGGCACUUUUAAGGACACAGAGCACCAUCGUUUUGUAGCUGUGCCUCAUGAAUGUGGUCUUUUUUUUUUUUUUUUUUUUCUUUUCUCAGAUUAAAUGUAUUUAUACCAUAGUGUGCCACACUCUAUCGCCCCCCCUCCCUCCCCUCCCAGCUCCAUCCCAUCUGCAGAGUCUCUUACUGCGAUGUCCUCCUGUGGAACAUCUCGGCUCUCGAAGGUUAUGUGCAAUUAUUACUAGAGUUGUUUUAAUUUUUACCUGUUUUGUGUUCCAGCUCCGUCUGUGAGAAACUGCUUUAUCGCAGCAGUGUGUUACCAGUGGCCAAUACUCCUCUUUUUAGUUUGAUCAGUCCUUUUUGUAUUAACUAUACUGCCCCCCUCCCCCCCAAAAAAAUCCUUUUGUACAAGUUAUAUGAAUGUUAUUGGGAGACCAGGGCCUCUUUUUUUUUUUUUUUUCUGGACAAUCCUAUUCAGUGUUUGUGGACUGUGAAGGACGACAGUUUUGCUCUCCCUAACAUUUCGUAUUAAUGCUGGUCAAGAACAAAACACAAAAGUGACACUGCUGGAAGUUAUCACAUCACUAUAGUUUCUUUUAAUAAGCACUUUUUAAAACUUUAUAUAUUUAUAAUGCAAGGUAGCUCGUUAGUAGAACUUGAGACGCACAGUGUUGUGGGUCUUAACGCCUUUCUUCUCCACUGUAUGACGUCUAUUGAAGAUUUUUAGACUGUUUGUCCACAAACUUUCAGACUCGCUCUUUGUUUUUUUUUGUUUUUUUUUUUUUCAACCCCAGAUGUUUGAGUGAAGAUCGAAGAUAUUUCAGAGAACUGUUGCUCCUUCUGUUAUUUUCAGUUCAGCGCUGAUACGCAGAGUCUGAAGUUAAUGACGUUUGCUGUUUAAAACACUCAAAUUAUAAAUGAAAAGAAAAGAAACUGAAGAGGUCAGUGAGCUGUUUCGAACAGUGACGAUUAAGCUGAGCCAUUCGCAAGAUGAUUGUUAUGUUUUCUUUUGUACUGACGUGCUUCAGACAUGAUCAAAUCAGAGAUUGAAUUGCAGACCAAAGGUUUAAAAAAAAAAAAAAAAAAAAACUCAACCUUUCAUAACCGUAAGUCAGAAUCCAUGGUACAAUUUGCAAAGCAGAACAAUGUGCUAACUAGUUGUUAAAACACUUGUAUCUUUUUUUCAUUUUGUCAUUUUUACAGUUUUUGUAAACUAGAGUACAACUUUGUUUUGUUUCUGGGUGUGACGGUAAGACCUGCUUGUUGUGCUGCAGCCUGGUUUAGAAGUAGAAGACUGUUUUUUUUAGGGUUUAGGCAUUUAGUAACUGCAGGAUGUAGGAAAGAAAUAGACGUGCAUAUCUACAAAAGCAAAAGCGUUAACGCAGGUGCCUUCAGGCUAAAACUGGAGUGCUGCUGAAGUGGAGGGAUGUGACUACUGUAGGCUGAAUGUGGGCUUCGGUUACAGCUGGGAAACACCCCCCCCCCCCCCCAA